UCUUGAAUAUAUUUAUGUCGAAACCACUAUGAUACUAAUCUCCAAAAAAAAAUUAAAAUGAAAAUUGGUACCUAUUUUCUGUUUCGGAUACAGCUACUAUUGCGGUGAUUUCCAGAUUGGGGUAGAUUCGCUUUUUCACUCCGGUUAUAUCGAUACACGAACAACACUUAUUCCUAUGGCAACGUGUUGUACAAACAACGUUAAAUGGACGACUACAUGCCCCCGCGUUACCAGUUGUUGGGGCGUAUCGGCGAAGGCGUACACGGCGUUGUAGUGAAGGCACGUGAUCUUAGCAACGAUGACAAGAUUGUUGCCAUCAAGAAAUUGACGCUGCGGACCAAGCACGGAUGGAUUGCACCGAAUGCGAUACGGGAGAUCAAGGUGCUACAGAAUUCGCAGUGCGAUAACAUCUUAUCGCUGCUGGAUAUGUACCCAGAUCUGUCCGGGAUGUCGCUCGUCUUUGAGUAUAUGCCUCACACAUUAUACAGUAAAAUGAAGGACGAGGAGCAUCCUCUCUCCCGGGGCGAAAUACGUCGCUACACGGCUAUGCUGUUAAACGGACUGAAAUAUUUACACAGCAUAAAAAUCAUGCAUCGGGACAUAAAACCAGCGAAUUUGUUGAUUGACAAGCACGAUGUCCUAAAAAUAGCUGACUUCGGUCUCGCCCGGCUCUAUAACGACCAAGACCCGGUAAAGGUAUACUCGCCGCAGGUGGCCACGCGGUGGUACCGGGCACCGGAGAUCCUCUGGGGAUGCCAAAUGUACGGGCCCUCUAUAGACAUGUGGGCCGUCGGGUGUGUUUUCGCUGAAAUGCUUCGUGGCGUGCCGCUGUUUGCCGGCGCGACUGACAUUGAACAGCUUGCCCUUGUUGUUCGCACACUCGGCACACCAAACUUGAAGGACUGGCCUGAGGUGCGGAGUCUGCCGGAUUACAACAAAAUUCGAUUUCCCAACGCUAAAGGCGAACGUUGGGAGGAUAUAUUCCCCAGUUUUACUACUCAGAACGAAAUUGGAUUGAUGGACAGCCUCGUGACGUACAAUCCUAGCAGCAGGCUAACGGCAGAUGAGUGUUUCACCGUCGACGCGUAGCUCAUCAAGUUCGAGGCUGGCGAGCCAUUGUGUUUAAGCGCAAAGUGUUCUAAGAAUGUAAUAGACAUUUCCACAACUAUAUUGAACAUAACCUGCCAUGGAAUCAUAGUUUGGAUAAAUAAGAAAGGCACAAUUGCACCACUAGGUGGAUUAAAACAGUUUUCUUUAUUUAUUUUAAUUAACGUUACUUUAAAUCCCAUUGUAAAUAAUCGUGUCAUUUUACGUAAUAUAUUAUUUGCAAUAUGUGAGGAAAAUUCAAUAAAAUAUCAAAUGAAAUAGGAACAAUAAAAUUUGGUAAAAACCUUACAAUGCCAAGCUAUGACCAUAUCUAAGCUGACCAACUCUGACGAAAAAAUCCGUAUACCAUACCGUAA